AUGGUACCAUCCAAUUCAAACGGCAGUGUCUCUCGACCCGGUUCAAGCGCUACGGAACGAUCACCGUCGAGCGCAUCCAGACGACCACCAUCUACCGGAUCCGCCCCUCGCGCAUCAGGCCGUAAGACACCGGUCAGCUAUGCACCCGAUCGACCUCUGUCCAGCACGUCGACGCAUAUAUCAAGGAGACCGGUAUCACGAGCUUCGACCCGACAGUCCGCGCGGUUGCUGCCGUUGUACGAAACAUUAGUCACUCAAGUCACCGGGAUACGCGCGUUCAACGACGAGGAGAAUUUCCACACAGCCGUUGAAUAUGUGACAAAGAGCCUCAGCUUCACCGGCAAAGGCGGACCAAGCAUGGAUCUAGCAUCUAUUCAAAGACAACUUCGGGGACACGUUGAAAAGGCUCGAAUACAAUCUAAUGAAAAGCUGGCUACGGCGCUUAAAGUUGCUUCCCGCCGAUUAGCAACACAAGUCGAACAGGGCACACAUGAGCUUGACACUGAAAUCCAGAUCUCGCACAUCCCUGAUCAUGUGCAGCUGCUACUUAUUCUUUCUGCGCCACCGUCACCGACAACCCUCGAAUACGCUCAAGAUUACGUUGAGAAUAUUACGCAUCCUCCCCCUCCACCACCGUCUUUGACAUGGAGGGACAUCCUUGCCGACGAACCUUUUGAAGGCCAGCAUUGGGAUGGCGUUUUUGGGUUGGAAUUUGGUUCAAUCAGAGGUCUGGAGGGCUCCAGCAGUGGUGACACCACGCCCAGUCUUUCCCCUGCGCGGCGCGCAAGCUCAGUAGAUGAAGAAUCCAUAUCCUCCAUCGAAGCGGAGAAGGCCGAACAGGUUGAUGGCAUACAACGCGAAGCCCCCCCACACGCUAAACAGGCCGGUCGUCACGCGGAACAGGACUGGGGCAGGGUGUACGCACAUAGGCGCCUUGUGGAGGAUCUGCAAGCCAGACAGUACUGGAGACCAGAAUGGAACACCGACGCGUCCAUAAUGAAACCGUUCGAUAUCGGGGACGCGUCUACCUUAGGACCUUCUUUGGGAUUUUCUCUUGGACAAAGUGGGUCACUCACAGCGGAUAGACCAGAGCAUGAGGCAUAUAUCCAUGAACACGAUGCAGUACGAGAGAUUCUCAUGGCUAUGCAAGGACGCAAGAAUCUUUUGUUGGAAUGGAAUUCUGACGGGGUAUACGCAUUUCUACCGUCCCCAAGAAUGCCACGACUGCUGCAGCUUACAUUCACCUCGCAAUGUUCUUUGCUCAAGCCUUUGGCACGCUUUGCGACCGACAUUCAGCGCCUCCGGCAGUUCGUGUCUUCCACCUUCGCCAAAGCAACUGCUUCACGUGAACCUCGGACAUCCAGUCGCACGUUGGAAGCUUUCGCCGAAGCCAUAGAUUCAGAAAUACAAUCAUUCCAACGAUGGUGCUCUGAGAAGGAGGAAAACGUGUGCCGUGCUUACGGUGGGGUUGUUAUCUCGGGCACUGGGGUUCUGAGCCUGCUGAGCCUUGAGAAGGAGCUCGGAGAUAAUUUCGGAUCCACGUAUCAAGAGGCGGUGAACAUCCUAGCUUCCGUCCUUGGCAAGGCUUCUCGGGCACCUGAACCGCUGAAUGACGGAGACCUGGCUAAUCUUGCAGCCUUACCCAUACGAGUGUCUCUUUCGUCGUUCACAACGUUGCUUCUUGAUACACUGCUCGAUGCCGUGCAUCGACAUUCUAUGAUCGGCCGGAUCCACACGUCUGAAACGUUCAUGCGUAUAUUCAUCUGCACCGUCAGACCAACUUGGGACAUGACGCGAACUUGGCUUCAACACGGACCACCGCAUGAGAUUCACUCGGUCCCUCAUCCGUCAACAACGGUGUCCACACACCUAGAUCCUGAAUUCUACAUUGAGGACAAUGGUAUGCAGGUGUUGGAUCCGGAUUUUUGGACAGAGGGGUACGUGUUACGAGGCCAGCCAGGCGACUCAAAUGAUCAAAGGUCAAAAACCGUGCUCCCGAAGUUCUUGCGACAAGUCGCACCGCAUGUUCUGAGCGCGGGCAAAUCUGUCGGCCUUCUCCGUGCGCUCAGUGCAUCCGAACUCGAAUCCAACUCUGAUAGACCAUGGCUUGGCGAUUGGAAGGACAUCUCAUUUAUAACCCAAGUUGUAAACCAUGGAGGUGAACAUCAGGAUCACCUUUCGAAAUCGUGGAACGCCGGAGCUGCUGCGCUUCCUACGCUCGUGUUUGAUCACCUUGUCCCUCAAUGUCGUGUCGCACAGGCUGCCGCAUCAAGAUUGGUCAAUGAGUGUGGCCUCUGGGAGCACUUCAAUGCCAUCGAAAGUGUGUAUUUAAUGGCUCGCGGAGACGCUAUGUCACGCUUCGCCGCUAUCAUAUUUGCACGAAUGGACUCCGACUUGCAGUGGCAUGAUUUCCACUUCAUGAAUAGUGCCUUUCGGGACACUGCAAUGGCGUCUUCUACCAGAUCUCGUUGGAUCGACAGCAGUCUGGUUCGCUUCUCAUACAGAAGACGAAUGCAGGAGCACAAUCCAAAACAGAGCGUAUAUGUCAUCGAUGGCUUGAUGCUCGAAUAUGCCGUCCCUUUCCCACUGACCUACAUAUGCGGCCCAAAAGCGCUGCGGGUAUAUAACAGCAUCUUCGUAUUCAUGCUGCAAAUACGCAGGGCAAAAAGCGCACUCGAACGGACAUGGCUGAAAAGUGGAGGGCCAUGCUCCAUAGCAUUACACGCGAUGCGAAGUAGAUUGUUGUGGUUUGUGAACACUCUACUGACCUUCAUCUCGACGAACAUUAUCCAAGCGCAAGUUCUGAGGUUCCGUGAAGAUAUCCGAAGGAGCCAUUCUCUUGACGAAAUGAUAGAUAUACACAAUGAUCACCUGGCUAAGCUUCAGGAGGGAUGUCUUCUCGUUUCCGACACCGUGACUUCGCAUCAAACCGUCCUCAAGAUUCUCGACAAAUGCUUGUACUUCAGCGAAUGUUACGUUGCCUUUACAGGCGGAUUGACCCUUGACGCAACCGCCACCGACUCCAUCCUGAAGCACGGCUAUCGACAUCGCAGUCGUCGGUUUAGGAAAGAGCGACGUAACGUCGUUGGCUUCUCAACACUACAGGCGGACCACUUUUCUGACACAGACAGUGAUUCGGAGGAGAACGAGUUCGACGAUACAGAACCAACAUUGUUUCCCACGUUUUCCGCAUCACUGGCGCCGGGAGACCAUCUCAAACAACUGGAAACCAUUGGAGCGGAUCUGGAUGGCCUCGUCCGCCUCCUACGAAGGGGCGUCGCCGCCUUGUCAUGCAACGAUCUGAAAACAGCUCCGUACUUCGAGCAAUUCGCUUUUGCGCUGGAAGAUUGGGAUCUUUAA